UCUUUCGACCACGGACGUCGAAUGGAGUGAGAUAUUGUGGUGUAGGACAUUGAAGGCCGUGUCUGAAAUAUGCUGAAACGAAUCAGUGUCCUAAGAGGCAUGGCGCGGCCGGGGCGGUGUUUAUUGGUCAGCUGUCUAGGACCGUCUAGCAUUUCUUGGUUCAAUCGUUGGCAUCUGUCUGUCUUGGCCCUGUUUCUUGCUCUCCCUGUGACGACCUUAGCGCCGAGUCGGGGGCACUCAAUCGCACUGCCAGCGUCUCCUUUUCGCCUUUUUAUUUAAUCGAUUCUGCUCGCUGUCUUGCCUUUUCACCACCAUCUCCAACAUGGCAGACAAUACACACUACGAGAGCGUUGGCAGUGGCAUGUCCUAUUCUCUAGAGAAGAGCAACCAGCGGAGUAAUAGGUCAAAGUGGAUCGUCAUUGGUUCUCUCAUCACUCUUGCAGCUCUGAUAGCCAUCGGUGUUGGCGUUGGCGUUUCCGUAUCCAACAAAAACAAGAGCAAUAACAAUAACCAUGCGUCGAGCAGUUCCAGUACUUCGUCAGGAACGAAUUCUUCAGACUCUUCAUCGUCGGAUUCCAGCGCUCCAAAGCAGACGAAUCCCAAUGACCCCAGUACCUUUGUCAAGGAUCCAAAUUUGAAGCAGUCGUUCUAUGGUAUGGCGUAUACCCCAGAAGGAUCGUUGCUUCCGGAUUGUGGCAAUACAUUAGAGGCUGUCAUCCAAGAUAUCCAGGUUAUGUCGCAGCUCACAAAGCGAGUUCGUCUAUAUGGUGCAGAUUGCAACCAGUCGGCUCUUGUCCUUGAGGCUAUAAAGCAGACAAAGGUCGACAUGCAGGUGUUUUUGGGAAAUUAUCCUACUCCGGAUGACGAAACCGCAUACACUCGUCAACGCGAUACCAUCAAGACAGCAAUUCAGACUUAUGGCACUGAUCACAUUGCAGGAAUUACCGUCGGCAAUGAAUACAUUCUCAACUACCUUAAUGCACAUGGAGCAACGGAUCCUAACAGUGCGGUUGGCAACACCGGCGGUGAACAAUUGGUGGCCGACAUUAAUGAUACGCGCAGUAUGCUUGAUGAGCUCAAAUUGGACAAGACGAUACCUGUUGGUAACUCAGAUGCUGGCAGUUACUUUAACAACCUCGUGCUGGAAGCUGUUGACUAUGGAUUGUCGAACGUGCACCCGUGGUUCGCAAAUACCACAAUCCAGGACGCUGCGUCAUGGACAGCAACGUUCUUUGAGGAAACAAAUGUUCAGCCUGCUGCACAACUGCCGAACAAACCAAAAAUGUACAUAGCCGAGACGGGAUGGCCAACGGAAUCAUCGGAUGCUGGGAAUGCCAACAACGGUGCUUCGGAUGCUUCUGAAGCCAACCUUCAAAUAUUCCUCGAUAACUUCGUCUGCCAAGCAAAUACCAAUGGCACAGGAUACUUCUUCUUUGAGUUUACUGAUGAACCUUGGAAAGACAAGUUGUAUGGAGGUGUUGAGGGACACUGGGGGCUAUUCCACUCAAACCGUACAUUAAAGCGGGUAACCAUUCCCGACUGCCCAGCACCUUAAAGGUGUCCGAAUUGUUUAUCAUAUACCUUCAUUUACUCACACCGUUUCCAACGAACUAUUAUGAUACCUCCCAUCUAGGACAGGUUUGUUUUCGGGAUUUUCAGGACGAUAUAUAUCCUCGACUUUGGUAAAAAUUUGGCGGAUAUCAUUAUUUGUUUACGACGCCCGUCUUUCUUUUGAUUUGUUUUAUAUGUAUCAUGUUAUACGCAUUCGUUUUCUGUUAUAAGAAUUUUUGCCCGAACCGGAAUUUGGUG